CUCGAAAGGAACAAUGGCACCCAAGAAAGCGGCUGCUGCUCCCGAUGGUGGUGACAAGCCUAAGGACGGCGUCACUCUGGCGCUCUUCAUCAGGUCCGCCUCACACGAAAGGCGAUGCCAUUGGGCGGAGAUGGAUGGCUAAAUGAGGCGCUCUCGUCUGCUCUUUCUUUCCGCAGGGCCACAUUCAUUGAGGAGUCGCCAGCAGCUGCUGCAAAGUGCCGUCUGGCCUUCCUCAACGACUCACACGAGUGCGGGGCGCUCAGCUCAUUCGAGGCCGUCCAGCCUUCUCAAGAGGAUGCCGACGAAACCCAUGAGGAGGCCGAAGGCGCCGAGCCAGCAGCAGCGUCCAUCACAUGCGAAUUCAAAAAAGCGCUGCCCGCGAUGGUGGUGGACGAGGGCAAAGCCGCGGAGCUUGCAGAGGCAUUCUUGGGCUUUCAGCUGGUGUUGAGCGAGGAGGGAGGGGAGAGGGUGAUUGAUGAAGGCAUGAAGGUGUUUGCGGGGCCGCUGUUGCUGGCCAAGGGGUCGGCGCCAGAUGAAGGGAAGGACGAGGACCAGGGUGAAGAGCAAGAGAAGGGGGACAUGCCACUGGGCGAGAGGAAGGGUGCAGUGAGGAGCAGGCCAGCGCAGAAGACGUAUCUGACCGAACAAGUGCAGGGUGAUUGACGAUGCACAGACAGCUUUGUCGGUCAGCACUUGUUCGCUUUGUGUGUGUGUGAAUGCAAUGCAGGUCUGGUAGACAUCGAGUAUGGAAUUUGUAUUGAGCACCCCUUCGACGGCCCCGUCCUCCCUCCCGAACUCCACGAGCGGCUCAACCCAGUGCUCAUCACCAUCCACACGGCACAUCACCUGCCCCUCCCCUCAGCAAAGCAAGACCUGCCCCUCUUACAGCAGCAAGCCAACGGAGCUGUGCCGCAUUCUCUUGACCUGUGGCAGCCUCCACACGCAGUCGUCACCGAUCCGUAAGAAGGCAUCUGGCUGCACGUACUCGAGGCACUGUCUCUGUUGCAUGUAGUCCGAUGGGUUUCCCUGAGACACGACUUCGCACAGAGGGCGGCCGCUUCACGGACCCCCUUUUCAAGACGGGUCAGCCCACCCUCCACUUCCCCAUCAACCGACCGUCACCGCCAAAAGGCUCACCCCGCUCGCACUUGCCGGUGCCCAGCGGCUCGGUCGUGUGGGAGCACGGCGCGAUUAUGUUCUGGGGGCCCGAGAGGAUUGACCAGCAUCGCCUGAGAGAAGAGCUGGCGAUGAGAACAAUGCGAGUGGAGAUAUAUGACCGGACGCCUGUGCCCCCGCCGCCACCCGUGGAUGAGGAAGCAGGUGCAGCAAACACUUAGAGACACGGGCAGACUUUUGUCCAUUAUGCAUUGACAGAUGAGGCGGAGGAAGAGGCUCCGCCCCCGCCAGUAGUCGAGAAGGGCAAGGCGAAAGGGAAGGCAGCCCCGCCCCCUCCACCAGACAAAAAGGCCAAGAAGGGCAAGGACAAGAAUCACGAACCGCCACCCCCCGUCCAGCAGGAGACCAAGAAGGAGACACAGCCAGCCACAAAUGAGCUGCCAAAGGUGGGACAGGCAGGAGUAGCCAUUGUUUCAAUGCGAUGCUGGGCCGUCAUUUGUGUCUCCAGAUAUCGUCUCAUGGGCUGGCUUGUGUGUCGCUGCGUCCGGUGCUCAACCCAAAGGUCACGCAGGUCAAACUGAGAGCUGACAUCGUGCCCCACAGGUGGUCCAUUCCUUUUGCCUUCACGUUCUCGAUUCCGCAACUCUACAUUUCUGGCUUCUUUCAGGGGCAAUGCGAAGCAGCGCGCGCAGAAGGGGAUUUUUCAAGGGAUGGCGACGCCUUUUCUCCUUCAUGACCCAUCCAAGACACUGAAGCAAGUGGCUGGUGCCGCCAGAGAACGGGAAUUCGCCCCGCCGUAUCUGCAGAACGGGAGCUUCCUGACUCUUUCCAUCCAGCUGAUGCAUCCACUCAAGACUGCUCUACAGGUAUCUUGCUGCUGGGCAGCCCACAGAUAUGUGUCGAUUCGUCUUGUGGUCAGUUGGAUGCUCGAGAGACCACAGCGGAUGAGGAGACACGGGGUGAGGAGGGACAAGAAGGAGACGAGGAGGAGGAAGAAGAGGAGGAAGGCGACGAAGAGGGAGAAGAGAAACAGGUGGAGAUCAAGGCUGAGGAGCCACCUUUGCCACCUUUGCUCAACGCGACCAUUCGAGCGGCACCAAAGCUCGAGGCUGCAUUUGAACGAUUCAACAGGGUCAGAGUGCACGCAUGCAGGGGGCAUGGGCAAUCAGCUUAUGUGACGCGUGCUUGUAUCAGGCUGUCUUCAUCCUCGACGGGCGCAAGACCACCAUUAUGCGCAAGAUACUGGGGUGGGCUAGGCUACAGGCAAAUCGCAGAACUCUGUGCAUUUCUCAUUCCUCAUCUGCAGGUUCGUCGCCGCUCAAAACGCUGUGGCUAUGGGGCUAUCCGAAGGACCAUCAAGGGCUCUGGCGGUCCGUCAGCUCACUGAAGAGGAGAGGAGUAGCCCUGACCUCGACAUCAUCACAGGCUUUGUGCUGCUGGAUCGAAGGUAAGGCACUGCUGCUCAUGCCGACGAAAGACAGCGCCAUGCUCUUUCACCAUCGUUCAGCACCCGCCUUGUGGUGCUCGAAGGGCUCCGGAGUAAAGCCCUGUACCGCCUCAUGACGGAAGAGCUGCCACGAGACAGACCGAAUCGACAGAAAUACACCGUCCUCUACAACUCUGAGGUACCCAUUUCACAGCAUGCACCCAAUGCGCCCAUCCUCUACCGAUUGUCUUGUUCAGAUAGGCUUCUCGUCGCGCCGCUAUGCCGCGUUCGAUCUUCAGCUGAAGCACCUCAAGAUCCGUGGCACACUGGAGAGGCUGAUGCGGAAGCCUCAGAUAUACGAUAGGAAGACUGCAGAAGCCGAAACUAUCUUCGAGACACUGCAGGCUCUCUGCGACCUCAAAAGGUGAAAAGAGGAGGGAGAGAAGGUGGAAUGGACUCGGGUGACAAUGGAUAUGUUUGAGUACCGCAGGUGUGACCGCAUCCACGCAGCGAAACAAAACCAUCUCUUCCCAUCCGUGGAUGCGCUUCUGCUUGUCCAGUCCAACUACGGUGACUUCGUCUCUGACAACGAGCUGCAGGUGAGAAGAACAAUUCGUGCACGCCAUUCAUCAUCAGAAGGUAACCAGCUCUCCUUGUCCUUGUCGGUUCAGGGUGGGUAUGACGAGCCCGAGACGCAGAGCGUCCACGGCGGAGCCGCCACAGCCUACAUGCAGUCCCCGCGCUCGCCGCACAGCACUGUGUACGGAGGCGGAGGGCCAAUGUCAGAGAUAUCCCGCCGGUCUCCAAGGAAAUCGGUCGUCAGCCGAUCGCCGAGGGAGGAGGAAAUGGACAGCGAUGCCGACCAAGAGGGUGGCGAGGCGGAAACACUCACCGUCAAGCACAAGAUUCGGUGGAAGGCACCCACAGAGUCGCACAAUCCUACGUACGAAGCCCACCUCGAGAGGCGGAAGGCCGAAGUUCCCGCCGAUGUGAUCGAGCGGCACCGCCAAGACGUUGCUGAAAUGUCGAGUGCUAACGCGGCGAGGUGGCCGGCGAAGGAAGAGCCUGAUCUGUCCUUCCUCGAGGGCCGGGAGGUGUUCUUGUAUAGCAGCCAGAAGCUCAAUAGCGGCGAGCUGCAGAGAGACGCGCUCAGGAAACGAUUUCAGAAGAAGGACAAGGUGAGAAGGAGCUUGAAUUGGCGAGCCUUCCUGUCGCUAGUCCUUGUCGUGUCUCUCACUGCAGGAGACUUUGUGGACAUAUUCUCCCGAGUACAACACACAGAGCUUUGGCAUGGUCGACUGGAAGGGGUUGACCUUUCGAGACGACGUUCCAGGUGAGCCAGCCACGCCAUCUGCACGUACGAUUGCCAUCUGUCGCUCACGUCACGUUCAUCAGGCAAGGUCCCCCACAAGCUGGCAUGGCGCUUCCCGAAAGCAAGACCGCCGCAGGCCUUUAGACAGCCGCCCAGAGACAUCAGCGAUGCAAGACGGUACGCGCACCAUUGCGCUCACGCCCAGUCAACAAGCCGCUGUACCAUUCGCUGUGUCUCUUGCCAGCCACGAGCUAUCCACAUCUUGGGAAGAGAACGAGUGGCGCGCCGAGCUGCAGCCGCCCUCCCAGCAGCGCGGUGCCCCGUUCUCGGUCAAUACCACAGAGAGCAUCCCUCCGCACCAGCCCUUCGGCCCGUCGACCAUCAUGUGGGACGAGGGUCACCUUUUCGGUCCUACAUCCCUCUUCAGGUCAGUGCACCACCCAGUCGACUCGCUUCGCGGCGUCCAGCCGGCGGUCAAGAAGGGUGACGAGCAGCAGGAGCCGCGCCCUCCCAUGCGGAUGUUGCUGCGUCAGCAGUUGCCGAGUGCUGCGGAUCGAUUUGAGGGGGCGCGGAAGGGGCCUCCCGAGAAGACGGGGCUGCGUUUUGACCUGCGGCGACCGCCACGUGCGUUGGAGAAGAGGUUUGGCGUCACUGGUAUGCACGCCCCGCUCGAGAUGCCAGACCGGGAAGAGCCAUCCAUCUUGGCCAAGGAGGUAUUUUGCUGCUGGACAGCCACACACAGAUGUAUCGAUUGUCUCUUGUAUGCUGGAUAUUUUGUGGCAUGCAGCCUUUCGAGGACCCGGGCGGCUUCGACCGGACCCUUCGCCGGUCCAAGAAAGACUCCCCUCACCCGUGGGAGACGCUUCCACGAAUGCCUUCGCCAUUUCUUGAUCCUGACGUGUACGACAUCGUGCUGUCGCGGCCGCCGCACGCAAGAGGCGAGGAAGAGCAGCAUUUCAUGACGGGGACAUCACUUGCUGCUGUUGCUGACCGAGACUUUGACCUCUAUAAGCCGCCGAAGAGAACAGUACUGCAUAAGGGGCCGGCAGCGGGGCGAGGGCCGGUGACAGAUGAGGAAAAGGCCUGGCACCCUGCUAGGUGGAAUCUUGUGACGAGCGAGGCCGCAUGAGUGAGAUGGGCCAAGGGAGG